AGGCACUUAGGUAUGUACCAAUGUACCAUACAUACAAUUCUGUUAGAUAAGUCAUUAAAACACCAUGUUAACUUUUUGUUCACUAGUAUUCCAUUAUUAUUCUAUUUUACAAAUACAAUAUAGAAUAUAGAAUAAGGUGAAAUAAGCAACAAUAAAGAGUACGAGUACAAGUACAAGUAUAUGAGUAAGAGUAAGGUGAGGAUGGGGAGAGGGUUUAUGUGCCAGUCAUCGGCAUCCACAGCUGUAGGGUGUAUGCCGGAUGAUAUGAGGUCCGUGAUCGUGCCAUGUAAGAGUAAUAAUGGGCGGAUUGGUAAUAGUGCUAGGUAUUCUAGGCUUGUUGAUGAUUCAUCUGAAAAAGAAAGGUUGUUAGUAAAGGGUAGUAAAAGAAGAGAGAAUUUGUUGCCAUUGAAUGAUAGAAAUAAGGUUAAAGCUAAAGGUGAUCAUAAAUCAUCAGUUUCUGACCAACAACGAAAGGCUAAGUCAUUGCAAAACUGUUCUUCUGGUGCAACUCACUUAUAUCAGGUGGUGGUCCUAAGAGUGUCGCUCCAUUGUCAAGGUUGUGCUGGUAAAGUCAAGAAACAUUUAUCAAAGAUGGAAGCAGGGGUUACAUCAUUCAACAUAGACUUGGAAACAAAAAGGGUUACAGUUAUGGGAAAUUUAUCGCCUACAAGAGUCCUUGAGAACAUCUCCAAGAUUAAGAGGGCAGAACUUUGGACAUGUUAAAUCAAGAAGCCGAGAUAUUUCUCAUUAUUUUUGAGUUUUGUUUAGCUAGCAUAACUUUUUCCGAUUUAAAAUUCAAUGUCUGUUUUUUUUUUUAUUAUUAUUAUUUUUUUAAUUAUCUUAAUAGCUUAGUCCUCCCUUCAAAGAAAUAAAAAAAAUAAAAUAAAAAAAGCUUAGUCCUUAUCUAUUUUUGUCUACUACGUUACGAUGCUAAUUUAUCAUUACUCCAUUUUUUUAUUAUUAUUUUUACUUAUUUCAAUUUCUUAUAUAUUUUUUCCUCUGU